ACCUCCUUUGCAUUUUGAAUUUUGAAAAAAAAAAUUGUUUUUCAGGGCCCCAUUCCGCGUGGAUCCAUAAGAGAAACCACGCAGAAUGUGCUUUUAACCUUGACUGCGUGGAGAUGGAGUUCAGGGCGGUGGCCACCGGGUUGCCAGGUCCGGUAGCUCCGCCCUGCACGCCCGCCCCAUAGAAAAGUGAUGGUGGGCCGCUGGAGGAGGCGAGACAAGUGCAGAGCGGGGAUGUAAGCACCGUCGUACGGACUAACUCUCCCUCCCUGCCCGGGCUCGGCUGUAGCAGCAUCCUCGUCGAAGUCUUUCCAAAAAAAAAAAAAAAACCCCAACAACAAUCCUUCCCCCCUUUUUUAUUCUUCUUUCUCCGGAGGGAAACCCCAUGUCUGCGACACUAGCGAUGAGCGACGUCGGACAUGAGGAGCCUUUCUUCCCGCUGCACAAGGCGUCCUUGGCCGCCGGCUUCCCCAUGGAGGACUCGGCGCUGCUGGGCUUGGUCUGCAAGAUGAGCGACUCGGACCGAGGCGACUACACGCAGGCCAAGUGCGAGAUGGACCGCUAUCUCUCCCCGCAGCCGCUUCCGGACGGCCAGAAGUCCCAAAGAGACGGCGCCGCGGGGAUGGAUCACUUCUUCGGCGAGGAGCCGGCCGGGGUGCCGUACACCCUCAACAUGAACCUUUACCUGCCCGACAUGACCUACCUGAGGGCGGGCUUGGCUCCGCCCCACGAGAACCUCCAAGUGCAAGUCAAGAUGGAAGCGGCGGCGCCGCCGUGCUUCUCUCAGAGCCUCCCGCCCACAAGUAGCUGCGGCGCCGGCGUCGCCAUGGAGACCUCUGCCAUAAACAUGGCGGGGUUGCCAGACUUCACCAGCGCUUUCCACCAGCAGGGAGGCGACACCCUGGUGCCGGAGGUCUUCAUCAAACAGGAAAUGUCGCCGGCCGGGUACGAGCAGCACGACGGCGGCGGCGGCGCCUCGCUCUUCCAGCUCCUGAUCUCCGGCUUGGAGCAUCACCACGGCGACAACAUGGAGGCCCACAUGCAGCACACCUUCCGCACAUCCCAGCAAGACCAAAGCGCCAAGUCUUCCUUCUGCGGCGGACCCUCUUACUCGCGCCCCCACGCCCACUUCUUCCAGCAGCAGCAGCAGCAGGCGCCGUACCUGCCGCCCUCGCCGCCCAGCUCCGAACCGGGCAGCCCCGACAGGCAGAAGGAGCUGCUCCACACCAUGUCGCCGCCUCCUUCCUAUGCGGCCACCAUCGCCUCCAAGAUGGCGAGCAGCACCCCGGGACUGGCCGCCGCCCACCCGUCGGGCCAAGCUGCCGCGCCGAACCCCCACGUCCCCGCCGCCACGCAGGUCUUGACCCCGGUGCGCUACAACCGCAGGAACAACCCAGACCUGGAGAAGCGGCGGAUCCACCACUGUGAUUACCCAGGCUGCAAGAAGGUCUACACCAAGUCCUCUCACCUGAAAGCCCACCUUAGGACCCACACGGGUGAGAAGCCGUACAGGUGCACGUGGGACAGCUGCGACUGGCGCUUCGCCCGCUCCGACGAGCUGACUCGCCACUACCGCAAACACACGGGCGCCAAACCCUUCCAGUGCGCCGUGUGCUCGCGCUCCUUCUCCCGCUCCGACCACCUGGCCCUGCAUAUGAAGAGGCACCAGAACUAGCACGUCACAAGCUCCCCACAUUUUUCUGUUUUUUCAUUAUUCGCAGCUCCUCCUGGUGGUGCUGGCCGGUACUUUCCUGGGUUUUUCCCCCUCAUCGGCAGCACUUCCAAGUGGUGCUCUUCAUACUUUUCCUGGUUUGUUUUUUUCUUUUUACCAUUUUUCACAGCUCCACCUGUGUGGUGCUGCCCGCUACUUGGUGGGAACAAAGACGGAGGUCUGUAAAGUAAUAUUCUCCACACUUGACUGGCUUUCUACGGGAGAACACACGGAAGAAGAAGAA